UCAAUCCACCAGCCGCCGCCGUCCCUCAUCCUUUCUUCUCCUUCGUCCCGACGGAUUUCAUCUCCUUUCUCUUCCUUCCCCUUUCUUCUUCUUUCUUUAUUCCCUUCCACCAUUUCUUCAUCAUCUUCCCUCUCCUUUCUUGUUCUUCCUCCCUAAUUUUAGCCGCCUGCGCCGUCGUCUCUCGCCACUAUUCUGUAUAGUCUCUGAAACUAAUCCUCAUCACCGAUCCGUUCUGAGGUUCAGUGAAACUCACCUCCAUGGCGAACGCGCGAGAUUCCGACCCGAAUCUAGGUUACCUGACUCGGAAAGAGACGGAGGUGAAGCUCCCCCGGCCGACUCGCGUCAAGAACAAAACUCCUGCGCCAAUCCAGAUCACCGCCGAGCAAAUCCUCCGCGAAGCUCGCGAGCGUCAGGAGGCAGAAAUCCGACCGCCGAAGCAGAAAAUAACCGACGCCACCGAGCUCGGCGACUACCGCCUCCGCAAGCGGAAAGAGUUCGAAGAUCUGAUCCGUCGCGUCCGCUGGAACAAAAGCGUGUGGGUAAAAUACGCCAAAUGGGAAGAAUCUCAGAAGGAUUACGCCCGUGCCAGGUCCGUCUGGGAGCGCUCACUCGAGGUCGAUUACAGAGACCAUACCCUGUGGUUGAAGUACGCCGAUUUCGAGAUGAAGAACAAGUUCAUCAACCAUGCCAGGAACGUCUGGGAUCGAGCCACACAGUUGCUGCCUAGAGUGGACCAGUUGUGGUACAAGUACAUUCACAUGGAGGAGAUGCUGGGGAAUGUGGCUGCUGCUCGUCAGAUUUUCGAGCGAUGGAUGAACUGGAUGCCUGAUCAGCAAGGCUGGCUUUCCUACAUCAAAUUCGAGCUGAGGUACAAUGAAAUCGAGAGGGCUCGAGCAAUUUUCGAGCGGUUUGUGAGUUGCCAUCCGAAAGUCAGCGCUUGGAUUAGGUUUGCUAAGUUCGAAAUGAAGAACGGCGAGAUAGCUCGAGCUAGGAAUUGCUAUGAAAGAGCUGUCGAAAAGUUAGGGGACGACGAGGAGGCAGAGGAGUUGUUUGUUGCCUUUUCGGAAUUCGAGGAGAAGUGCAAGGAGACUGAGAGGGCUAGAUGCAUAUAUAAGUAUGCAUUGGAUCAUAUUCCGAAAGGGAGGGCCGAGGAGCUUUACAAGAAGUUUGUUGCAUUCGAGAAGCAGUAUGGUGAUCGAGAAGGGAUUGAGGAUGCCAUUGUUGGAAAGAGGAGGUUUCAGUAUGAGGAUGAAGUUAGGAAGAAUCCACUUAAUUACGACGCCUGGUUUGAUUACAUUAGGUUGGAAGAGAGCUGCGGGGAUAAGCGAAGGAUUGAGGAAGUUUAUGAGAGGGCUAUUGCUAAUAUCCCGCCUGCUCAGGAGAAACGGUAUUGGCAGCGGUACAUCUACUUGUGGAUUAAUUAUGUUUUGUACGAGGAGCUUGAUUCCGAGGAUGUGGACCGGACGAGAGAUAUAUACAGCUUGUGUCUAAAGACAAUCCCUCAUAGCAAAUUUUCAUUUGCAAAGAUUUGGCUAAUGGCUGCGCAAUUCGAAAUCCGUCAAUUGAACAUCGACAAAGCACGGCGAAUUUUGGGGUCCGCAAUUGGCUUGGCUCCCAAAGAUAAGAUAUUUAAGAAGUACAUCGAGAUAGAGCUGCAACUCGGCAACAUCGAACGAUGCAGGAAACUAUACGAAAAAUACUUGGAGUGGUCUCCAGAGAACUGUUAUGCUUGGACCAAAUACGCCGAGCUGGAGAGGUCCUUGGCAGAAACCGAACGAGCAAGAGCACUUUUUGAGCUUGCAAUCGACCAACCUGCGCUAGACAUGCCAGAACUUCUAUGGAAGGCGUACAUAGAUUUCGAAAUAUCGGAAUUGGAGUUUGGUAGAACCAGAGCACUCUACGAGAGGCUUUUAGAUCGCACGAAACAUUUGAAGGUGUGGAUUAGUUACGCCAAGUUUGAGGCCUCUGCUUCCGACGAGGGCUUUCAAGAUUCAGAGAUACCGGAAAUCGAGCAGAAAAGAAACUGUAUUCAACGUGCUCGAGCCGUGUUCGAAAGAUCCCUAAGCUAUUUCAGAAACUCCGCCCCCGAAUUGAAAGAAGAAAGAGCAAUGCUUUUGGAAGAGUGGCUGAACUUGGAAGCCAGCUUCGGUGAGCUCGGCGAUCUCGAUGUGGUGCGUUCAAAGCUGCCAAAGAAACUCAAAAAAAGAAGGCAAAUAGAAACCGAAGAUGGCCCAUCCGGAUUCGAGGAAUACAUCGACUACAUAUUCCCGGAAGAAAUGCAGACGACGAACCUCAAGAUCUUGGAAGCUGCGUACAAGUGGAAGAAGCAAAAGAUUGCUUCGGACGACGAUUAGAUCAUCAUGUUUGUUUGGCUAUGUUGAUUGAUAUUAAUAUUACUUGGUGUUUCGACUUAUUAAUCCUUAUGUAUGUAUGUUUUAGCUAACAACUAUAGUUUCUUCCGUAACCCCAACUUACGAUGUGCAGGCUCAGGCUCAGGCUCAGGCUCGACUAGGUGUUGUAUAAUCAUUUCUUACUGCCGGAGAAGAUGAUCGAGAUUUAUACUUGUCAAAUCGAGCAUAGGUUAGGUAAGGUUGUAUUUUUUUUGCCAGUUUAGUUCCAAUGUGGGCAUAACAUUUUAACGUAGUAGGUUUUUGGGAAUGAAUAUAUUUCAAGAAUUUGGUAAGUUUUCUGUUGUGACGUCAAAAUUUUGUUUUGUACUUCGGUGGGAUAUAUCGUAUAUUAUGUACUGUAUCAAAAAUUUUUGUAUGCUAUUUUAUCA